GCGGGCAGAGCGGAUCCUCCGGUGCUCCCACCGCGCUGAGCGAGCGGCUGUACCCGCCUCGGAGGCCAUGGGCUGCGGCUUGAGGAAGCUGGAAGACCCGGAGGACAGCAGCCCCGGGAAGAUUUACUCCACCUUGAAGAGACCACAAGUGGAGACCAAGACGGAUACUGUGUUCGAGUAUGUGCUGCUCGACUUCAGCUUGGAAGGUAGCCGUCCAACGGUCCAGUACGUGGCCUCCCUGUCCGAGCUGCCUCAGGCCCUGCAGCCCUACUACACACAAGGCUACGUCCUGGUGGCCCUGCACCCCAUCAUCCUGUCUGUGGGCCGGACACGCUCGCUGCCUUUCAGCCUGCUGUACCGCGCCAUCCUGGCCCGUCCCAGACCCAGUAAGCAGGCGGCAUCCAUGUGUCACAGCGUGCCGGUGCUGAGGGUGGAGGAGUGGCCGUUACCUGGGGACUCACUGACAGGAGACACUGUCAGAGCGCUCAUCGACAGGGUGAACAGCAGCGCCCGAGGGGGCGUUCGAUUCGUCGGCUCGGUCCUCCAGCAGGUGAGCGGGAUCACAAACGGCCGGGUGCACAGUCCGAAGAGGGGCUGUCGCUCCCCUCCGCGCACCCCUCCCCGAACCCCGCCUGGAGACAGAGAGCUGGAGGAAAACACCUACAGUCCCGACUUGAGGCUGUUGGUCUUCUUCCACUCCUGGGCCCCGGGCUGUGCUCCGCUGGACUCGCUGGCCUGUCAGUACCACCAGGGGGCGCUCUCCAUGCGCGUCUCCAGGAAGGGACAGGUGGUCAGCGCGCUGGAGGCGGACUGGCUGGAGCUGACCGCCGCCUACUACCGCAAAGGCUGGUCCCUGGUGGACUCCUUCGUCUACUGGGACACACCUAAAGGCGAGCCGGUGCCCAGAUCCCUGGAGGGGUUGUUUGUGUACGAAGAGAGAAGCACCUCUCCUCCCGCCAACGACACCAUCGUUGUAGAGCAGUGGACGGUCAUCGAGGGCUCCAACGUGAAAACAGACUACGGGCCCCUCCUUCACACUCUGGCGGAGUUCGGUUGGCUGCUCACGUGCGUGCUGCCGACGCCCAUCAUCCGGCACGACAGCGACGGGAACCUGGCCACCAAGCAGGUUGUGUUUCUCCAGAGGCCGGUCAGAGGUCAAGCCGCGGGACAACCGAGGAACCAGGCCCUGUCUGUCCACAGCGACGUGUCCAGUCGCUCCGUGAGCCGCGCAGUCAGCAGCCCCGUCCCUCCAGAGGAGCUCUCUCCUACUGCAGGAGGCAUCGGCGGCUUCCCGGUGUUCGGAGGGGGGUAUCCCAGCGCCCUGUCCCACCUGGAGGAAGGUGGCUUUGAGCAGGAGGAGGGAAAGGCGGAGGUCACCUGUAUGUAAGCAGGAAAACGGAUGGACGCGGAUGUAACAGUGUUGAAUUUCUGGAGGCAAAACCCAGGAAGAAAGACGUGAACUCAGAGUCCACUGACUCUUCAUUGGUCAUCAUGUUCCUUUUAACAAAGACUUUACUGUAGAAGAAAUCUGCACUAUUUUAAAAUGUUUUUAACGAAGCCAUAAUGAGGUAUUAUUUAGAAAGGGACGUGUCCAAACUUUUCUGUAGAUCUGUUGGGGAGAAACUUCACACACAUUUAAAUCCACGUUCUGAUCAGUUCAGGUGCCCGAGGGGAAUAGUUACAGUACCUUGAAGCACAAACACUCGCACAGAUUUCUUCACAUUAUGGAAACAACACUGGUGGUGAAAUGAGGGAAAGGGAGUCUACUUUGUAUUUGACCUGAAUCACCCGUAUUACUUUUUUUUGGGGGGGUUGUUGCAUUCAUUCACAACUUAACACAUAUUUUUGUCAUUCGAUAAAGGUCCCCUCAUCUCUCCUCAACGUUUUUGUUGACGUUUUCAGGAUGUUCCAACACCAUUUCAUCUCACCUCCUUGUGUGUGAAGGUGACACAGGUCAGGCCCCGCUCCUUAUAGACCGAGGCCGGACGUGAAUAUUUAUGGGUGGGGCUGUCGCAGUUCCCUGACGGUGUGCGGGCUGACGCCCGAGAAGAGCAUUGGCCUCGGUGAAGGUGCCGGCUGUCUUGGAGAGCACAUUUCUACAGAUGAUGUUGUGACUGUGAAGAGAGUCUAGAGGAGGAGUUCUGUGGAGGUGCCAUGAGUUAGGUUCACUGUCGUAAACUGGAGAUGGAUGGUAAUUUGCAACGGGUUCACAUCAAUCGAAGGAGCCACACAAUGUUUAGUCUGACCGGUAACAUGUCGUAAUCAUUCUGGAAAAUGGUUAUGGCUUCUCGUGGAAACGUUUGAAAGUAUUAUUUAAUAUUUGGUCGGCGGUGGUGUUGUUGCUACAUGUUAUUUUCCUCUGUUUAACCUGCAAAUCGCUGCUUAUUGCUUCACAGCGUGUAUGGUACUGCCCGGCCCUGUUCCGAAAGGUCCCGUGGAAGAGCUCCGGGAAGCCGCGGCGGCGCGCUGCUCUUUCACAGGGCGAGCCUGGCGAUAUUUUAUGUUUUCCCCGCGACGAGACCGAACUAACAACGCAUCGAUCCGACUAACAAGUGCCGUCUGUGUGAAUCCAAAGCCUGAUAAAUCUUCCUCCUCUGUGCCACAGGGCUCCACCGUCGUCCAGACACUAUUAAAAACAGCGUGAGCCGCAGUGUUUUACUGGGUGACACGUUCCUUCGUAACCAUGAACACACGCACUGUGGUUUAUUUAGACUCAGUCCCACACACACACACGUCCUGCUGCCACUAAGAGCAACAAAUGCACUGCUGAAAAUAGUCCCCAACAAACGCACAGUCCUCCUCCUUUUUGAGUAGCUUUUCUUUUUUAAAUUCCAGUUUAUAUCAGUGACCCCUUUUCACAGAUAUAUGUCUUCAGUAGGAGCCAGUGGGCCUGGGGCUGAGUUACACUGACGGGACAGGGAGGUAAGAAAACAUUCAGAGACGGACUAUCACAUUGUUGGUUUUGGGCUUUUCCUUGGAUUUCUUGACAAGGAAAAUACAGAAUAUUAGCCAGACUAAUCCUUUAACGAAGGCGGGGCGGUUAACCAGGUGUACGUUAACCAGACCAGCCAGUUAUAGACUUCUUCCUUCGAGUCUUUUCUCCCGCCAAACCCGAAAAAAUUUUGUUUGAAAACUCUUCUGAUAAGGCAUAAAUCGACGUUUUGUUUGAGUGUAUAAAGGGCUCAUUGUUGCCCCUUGUGGCCGUUGGGGAGGGAAAGAAAAUAAAGUACCAGGCGGGCACGUCUGGAUCAACAACUGGGCAACGUGGGCAGCAGGUUCUCUCUGCCCUGUCUCUGUCUACAUAUUAUGAUAUAAUCACGAAUUUGUUAGACAUUUAUAUUUAUUUAACGUGGCCUAGUUAUGACGUAAGUGUUUACACCCAUCAAACUAGUUACUACAGAGAGGUCAGUUAAUACUAAAUAUGAACACAGGUGUAAAUACUGUGAGUUGACUAAUUAGUUAGUUCUGUCAGUUAGUAUCCUACUAAUAUUACCAUGCUAAUAUACGAGCCCUUCAGACUGGACAGUAAGCGAGUUCAUAUCGUUGGCAUUACUGACCUGACGCUUCAAAAUGAUUUCUAAUAAUGAUGUAAACGGGCUAAUAAUUAGACUAAAUGACCAAAUACUGUUGGUUAGGUCAACUUCAUCAGACGUUUCACUUAAAAACACAAACAUCAUGAGUUGAGCUUCAUAGAAAAACUGGGAAACCAGCAAAUAUUCAUAUUUUAGAAGCAGUGAUCAGUGAUUGUUUUUUUUUCUUAACUGAUUAAAAAGUUUGUCAUUUUUUAUCAAAUUUGUUGCCACACAUUCACGUGUAUCGUGGGGGUCAAUAGGGGACCAACAUCAACUCUGUGCCCAGAGGCCCUGCAGGAGGUCGAUCCGGCCGUAACAGAAAACGUACUCGGACUGGUGACACGAAAGUAAGAUUUAUGCUUCAUCAGCAGAGUUUUCUAACAGUACUUCUGAGCUUUUCUAUCUUUGGGAUCUUGUGCUACUUUCUCUGUGGUGGAUGAGGUUCUUCAGAGACAAAUCCAUUAUUACAUUGAUAAGGACUUUUUUUUUUUUUUUUUAAAGGGAACUCUACUGAUACAGGUCUUUGGGAGUAAAACUGCGUUUGUUUAAAAGUUUAAAGGGAAAGUCCCAGUUCAGAACCAACACGUGAAAAACUGGAAAACAAAAUUCCAGUUCAUUUAAGAUUCCUGGAAAGAAGCAUAUCAUUUAGUUAUUAAUUACUGGUAAAAUACAGAGUGAUCGGUUGGUUAACUUCCAGUUAUUUCUAAAGCUAUUUCCAAACUACCACAACCUUGAGACUCUGUAAUUCAGAGGAUAUCGGGUGAGCGAAAUAUGCAAAAUAUGAAAUAAGUCUACAAACAAACAAACAUACAAGUCAGCAGAAAUGAAGACUCAAGUAUCCAAUAAUAAAAGAACGAGUAACAAAGACUUACUGGGGUUUGAAUGGAGCAACUUCUUUCAUGGAAAGUCAAUUGAACCUCGCUAAAAGAACUUUGUCCUGAUUUUUCCUGUGAUUUGUAGCAAACUCCAUGGUUCUUUCCAGGAAAAUGUAAAGAAAAGAUUAGGAAACUAUGGACCUGUAAAAUAAACUUGUUUUUUGAAUUGUCAAACAAUGUUACAGAAGAGCAAAUGCUAAAAUCAGUGGAGCACUCUUCAAACGCAAUGAAAGGGAAACAAUGUUGUAUAUAUCUUAGAUGUUAGCAUUCAUAACUGCAACUUUGGGUUUUAGCUAUUUGUGAUGCAUUUUAUUUUGUUUUUGAUGGAACGGGAUCAAAUGCAGGGCUGUGACUGAUUAUUUUCAUUAUCGAUUAAUGUGCAGAUUGGCAGUAAAUGGUGAAAAAUGCUUGCCCAAGGUGACGUCUUCAAAAAAGUUGUUUCAUCUGACCAACAGUCCAAAAUUCAGAAGAUAUUCAAUUCGCUGUCAUGUGACCAAAAUAAAGCCUCAACUCCUCAUAUUUGAAAAGAUAGAAACAGAAAAUAUUUGGCUUUUUUUAUUAC